AUAUGAAUAUAAAAUUACAUCAAAUUGCAUCAAGUUAUAAAAUUAUAAAUAUAAUGUUACGUACAGAUAAAAAAUUAUUAUCAAACAUCUAUAUUAUAUUAUAAUAUAUUCUACACUAAAUACAUUUUACAAAACAUUAAAAUAUAAAUAAACAUUUUAUAAAAUUAAUGGUUUAUAAAUUUACAUUGAACGCAAGUUAAAUCCAACAUCCGCGCGGGGGCGCAGAUCAAGAUCUAGUUGCAAUUACAUCCCAAGACACAUCUUGCUUUUGACACACUUUCUUGGAAUGAUUUGUCUCUUUUACCCUUUUAUUAAAUAAAAACCUUGUACGGCAGAAAAUUUCACAUAUUUUUUUGGGUUUCUCUCUCCUAUUCGAAUCUGAAAUCACUCUCAAAUCUGAAAAUCCUAAUUUUCCUUGCUUUUCCAAUUUCCAAAAUUCACUGGUUGCGGUUCUCUGAAAUCAAGUUGUGUUGGACCAAAUUAUAAGAACUCAUACAAUUACAUGGACUCAAAACCAAUUCGUACUUGAAAGGUGUUUGGCUGUCGGAACUUUGUGGACUAAGAAGAAGUUUGCUUAUAAUUUUUCAGUCAUUUUCAUAAUUUUUGCUCUAGUUUUUGCAUAUAAGUCUGUCUCAUAACACAAAUGACCAACAAAAAAUGUUCAUAUGUCCACGACUAUUUAUCCAUUUUUCCAUAUCCACUUCUACAAAACGUUGUCCACAGUUUUUGUUUUUUGUUCAUGCAUUCUCCGUACAUGUCAACAUUUUUUCUGUCACUAAUUUACGUUAAUGUCCACAUAUUUGUUUGUUAACAAAUUUUCUGUUUUUCUUUUUUUGUUAAGAUGAGUAUAUAUCCACGUUUUUCUUCUCUUGUCCACAUGAGUCAUUGUCCACAUUAAUCUCUGUACUUAUGAGUUAGUGUCUACUGAGUCGUAUCUUCUUUUGUUAAUAUGAGUCUAUAUAAGUUCAUGCCCAAAUUUUUUUUUUUUUUUGAGGGUUUUGGUGACACGAAUCCAUAUCCAUGUUUUAUGGUAUCAAAACAGAGAAAUUUGUCCACAUCUUGACAUCCAUGUCCACAUUUCUAUGUCCAAGCAUUUUUAUAUAUUUGUUGAAAUUUAUAAAAUAGAUAUAUUAAAGUGGAUGUGAAAUUGUAGAGAAAAAAAUUAUACUUUAUUGUAACAAUUGUGUUUAUUUUAUAUAUCUGAAAAAUGAAAAAAAAAUCAAUAAAAACAAAAGAUGGAAUGAGUUAUAAUAAAAUAAAAAAAUAACUAAACUAAUAUCUAAAAGCAAACAAGCGACAAUCCCCUUUCCCAUAAAGAUAAUUUUGUCAAAGCAUUCUCUAGAUUUCACCGGAAAAUGUCACACAAGUAAGAAGUGUCUCUCAAUGUAUAAGAAAGAUAAAAAGUGUUCUAUCGUAUAAUCAAUUCUAGUUAAAAAGGAAAAGUACCCAAUUUUUUUUAAUUUCCUUUUCUGCUAAAAUGGAGCAUUUGUAUUUACCUAGUGGCAAAGACGGUUUACAUUUCUUACCCAUGGAAGUUUAUUUGUGAUCCCCAUACAAAGAAUCUAAUUAAAUAGGCCCAUGAUCGAAGCCUAAUGAUUAUAACAAAAAAAAAUGGAAAUGUAUCUAUUAGGUAAUAGUAAGCAUAUUAUAAAUUAAAAUAUAUGCCUCCAGACAUAACCAAGAAGAGAAAGUACAUAUAACCUUCAGUCCAUGUUGGCUUCAUGUUCCCUCUCUCUCGUGUUUCCCAUAUUAACAUAGAAUGUUUGUUUACUGCCUAAAUUUAUAAAACUAUACAGAAACCUGAGCUGCUGCGAGUGUGUUUCCCUUAACAUCUUAAAGUCUUUUUAAGGCUUCGAAUGGUAACCAGUUUCCCGUCCCGCCCCACAGUUAACAGUAACAAAAAUCUCUAUAUAUACCCUAUAUUUAUACAUUUUUAUAACUAUUAGAACCGCACCGCAAUUAAACCGCUUGUCCCGCACCGCUCAAUACGCAGUCAUCAUUCGGAGCCUAAAUCUUGAAACAUAAAUAAUAAGUUUAAUAUUUUUCAUAUCUCUCACUACAAAAAACUCAUGAAUUCAUAUGAUUCGUAUCUAACUUGAGCAUUUUCUUCAAUUUCACCAUUAGUAUAGAAGAGGCAAUGGCAUGCUGGAUAUAUAUCAAAAGAUCCACCGUUAAUCUAGCUUAAGCUAAACAUAGGUCAUUCCAAUCUUCCAACAAAGCAUAUCUGCCCAACUUUUAGGGUCCGUAUGGCAAAAUACAAAAUUGGGACCUUGUGGUCGAAUGGCAGGAAAGAGAUUAGGACGCCAAAUACGUUUCAAGUUUGAUCCACCUACUGCGCGAAAUUAAGUCAUAUUAUUCCUAGACACUUACACGGAGAUAAACUUAUCUGCUUAUGAUCCAUUUUCAUACCCGGAAAUAUGGUUUAUAUGUGGAUUGCACCUCCUUUUGAGAAUUAGUCUAGACUUUCAUAGGUCCGAAGACUUUUGCUACUAUUAACUGCAAUACGAUGCACUACAGUUUGUAAACAUUCAAAGCCUUAACAUAUCUUAAAGAGGCCUCAAGAACUUCUUGACUCAGUCAAAAGCCCCUUUGGGAGAAAAGAUAAUUAAUGCAUAAACAUAUAUCGACAUAAAACAUGUCAAUAUGUCAUGGUAACAAUAAGCUAGUAAUGUUCAUCUUUCGAGUACUCCAUUAAUUUGAAUGUUUUACGUUGGAGUUUUGGUCUAGUUAUUUUUCAAUCUUAACCUUAUUUUGAAUUCAAAACUAUGAAUUUUUAUUUUGGACAAGUAACAAGUUAAACUGUCAGAAAACUGGUAUUUUCUUAUGGAUUGUUCAUAUUAAAUUGUUUGUCCGGUUGGCUUUAACAUGGAUGGCCUAGGUUUGGUUAUACAAUUCAUAAGAUAUCAUCAUUCAUAAUUCAUGAAGGAAAGUGAUUUCAUCUAUCUCUUAUUUUAAAGAAAUGUAUCGUUGACUUUACAUUUUCUUUAGGUAAUUAAAUACUAAGAUCCAAAUCCCAUUAAUUUCUCAAAUUUAAAAAUGAUUUCAAAAUACACUCUUCUUGGUGUACGAAAAAUAUAUAUAAAAAUGAAAACUAAAUAAAUUCUCAUCUGUCGCCAUCAAUGGUCCAACCUGUAAUUCUCUUCAUCAUCACUCUGUCUCAUAAAUAUUCAAAUAACUUUGAGCUCAAAAACUCUCUUUCUCCUCUUUCAAAACUUUGAGCUUAAACUUUGGUUAGUUUUUAUCUCCUUCACACGAACAUGACUCUCAUUACCCCUUCAUCACCACCACCAUUAAUACCUCUCAAACCAUACACAAGCUUCGAUAUAACAAGCAAAGUCAGCCCAGACGUCCUCCUAGUAAUCAUAAUCCUCUCCAUCAUCUUCUUCAUCUCCGGUCUCAUCCAUAUCCUCGUCAAGUUCCUCCUCACACCAUCACUUCAAAGCAGAGAUGAUUACUUCGACAACAACAACCUCACAGCUUUUCAAGGCCAGCUUCAACAACUCUUCAACCUCCAUGAUUCAGGCGUCGACCAAUCACUAAUCGACAAGUUACCUGUCUUCCAUUACAAAUCCAUCAUUGGUCUGAAGAUUGCAUCUUUCGACUGUCCUGUUUGUCUCUGCGAGUUCGAAGCAGACGACAAGCUCAGGCUCUUGCCUAAAUGUAGCCACGCCUUUCACGUUGACUGUAUAGACACGUGGCUUCUCUCUCACUCGACAUGUCCUCUUUGCAGAUCCAAUCUCCUCCCCUCUGAUUUCUCGUCUCACCACAGUCUAAGCUCCUCGUAUCUCCUUGUUCUUGAGUCGGGAACUGAUCGAAGCUCGAGAGACAUGGUUCCUGUUCCUGAGGCUAAUGAUUAUGGGUCGACCCGUUUUGGGUCGGGUCGUAAACCAUGCGACCCGGAUGGUGAUUUGGUUGUUCCUUUAGAAGUUAAGCUAGGGAAGUUUAGGAACGUAGAUCAUGUUGGUGACGGAAGUGACAAUAACAUUAGUGGUAAUAGUAAUGUAGAUGUUAGGAGGUGUUUUUCAAUGGGGUCAUAUGAGUAUAUUGUGGACCAAGAAGCUACACUUAAAGUCCACGUUCCCAACAAGAAACAAUCCGACAAAGACGGUCGACGUUUCCCUGGCCAGAGAGCAGUUAUGUCCGAAUACGGUUUUGAUCCUACGGUUAAGGGAAUUGGGAAGGGUGUUGUGGAAAGAGAGAGCUUUUCUUUGUCUAAAAUUUGGCUAAGGGGUAAAAAGGAGAAGCAAAAGGGUACUAGUGUUAGAGAUCAUGCAUGUUCUUCGUUGUCUUCCUCUUCUAUUCGAAUUCCGAACCAAAUGAAUCCUGCCAAGACCAAGAAUGGGAUCGGUAUGGAUGAAGAGAAUCAAAAGAGCGAAAAUUCUGAAUCUUUGGAGACGAAAACCCCAUCUUUUGCUAGGAGGACCAUGCUUUGGCUUGCAGGGAGACAAACCAAGGCUGUUCAUCCUUCUACAUCUAAUGUGUAGUUUUCUUUCUUAUUUGAGUUUUACUCUUACUUUACAAGUGUGUGUGUGUGUGUGAAAAUUUGCGAGUUUUUUUAGAGAGGAAGUUGAUGAAUAGUGGGGUAUUAAUUAAUAUAUGUAGGGUUAUUACUUCUAAGGCACAUUGAGAAUUUGGUUUGUCUGUGCUGCCACCCGUUGUUCUAAUUCUUAAUAUUUCUUUCUUAUAACAUGAUUUUUCUCAUAAAA